UUUUAAUUAUUUGUUGGUAUUUUCUUCAAAAAACAUAAGAAUAGCGUUUUGUUAUUUGUUAUAGUUUCUCAUAUUCAGUUGCGUUUAGUUACACCUCAUAAGUUUGUGGUUGUUACGAUGCUAUGGAUGUGAGCCACAGCAUAUUUCAACAUUGUGCUUUGAUACGAAAAUGGCUGAUGUCUCAAAUAAUGAUCGCAAAGUGAAGUUUACUAAAAACGGGAAAAUCGUUAAAAGACGUCUAAGGAAUCCAGAAGAAUGGCACAAACAAAAACAAAAGCGGCUAAGAAUAGCUGGCUUAGAAUAUAUAAACGCAAAUGGGAAAGUGGUACCACCAAAACGACCGGGUCCCGAUUGCAACUGUCGAAGACAAUGCUUUCAGAAGGUUCCUGAAGAUAUUAGACUAAAAACAUUUCAAGGCUUCUACUCCAUGAAAACUCACGACGAACAAAAUGCUUAUUUGUUUGGACUAAUGAGACAAGUUGAUGUCAAGAGAAAAAGAGUUAAAUCAAGUAGUCGUCGUACUUGCACGUUUGAAUAUUUCGUCAGAGUAAAGGGACGAGAAACUCAGGUGUGCCAAACAGCCUUCAAAAAUAUUCAUGCUAUCACUGAAAGAAAAGUCAGAGUUCUAUGUAAGAAGAUGGAUGAUGGUGUUAUGUUUCCUAGUGACAACCGUGGUAAAAAUAGUCACCGCCGUAGUGGAGAAGUUCGUCUGCCAUCUGGAAUGCUAGAUCAAAUAAGAAAUCACAUUUAUUCUAUUGUUCACACACAUAGACUAAAAGAUUUCAUCAGAUUGGACAAAAUUGCUGGAUUGGAAAUCAAUAUUUCAAAAAUGUGGAAAGAUUACAUUAAGACUUUUGAUCCCGAUAACAUAUCAGCUACUAUGCCUAGAUCUAAAAGAAGCGUGGAGCUAGUCCCACAAGUGGAGCAACCACAACAGGAACCUCAAAUUACACAAGAGGCUUUGGCUCCCAUUGCAUAUCCAGGAAGUGGUCAUCUGGUAAAUAUAGCUGAAAACUAUUUCCAAAAUCAGUAUCAGACAGCUACAUUGACUACAGCCCCAGCAACUAAUUUCUAUCAGACACCUAAUGGAGGACAAAGCAUGGGUAUUUUACUGCAAUCUGCACCAAGGCCUGCACAGCCCACCACAGCAUUCAUUGUAUUGCAAGCUAAACCUGAGCCCCCACAACACUCUACUAUCACAAUAGACAACCCUUACACACAUACUACUACAACUGAAAUGAUGCAUCAUCAUGUUGACACCAAACCAGAAAAGAAAAUUAAGAAAGAAAAGAAAAGAGGUCCAUUGGUUAAGCAGUGGAGGUACACUAAUAUAUUCCAUGAUGAAAUUAAUGGAGCAGCAUUGGCAGCUAUCAAAACUAGACUAGGGAUGUACUAUGCUGAGAGUGAUGCUGCCCGCAAGAAGGCCAAGCAGGCACAAGCUCAGGUUCAGGUGCGCCCUACAGAAGUGGUACAAACACAAACUCCCCCAGAACAGGUUCCUCAAAUGAGACAGACGCACACAGUUACAAUAUACACUUAAAACCAGGAAUUUUAAAACAUGGCCUUUCAAAAAGUAUUGCUUUAUAAGAAUUUAUGGGACUGAAUAAUUUUGUGUAUUUUAAGCUUUACUGAAAAAUAUCCAGCUUUAUUAUAUAUUAAAAAUGCAAUUCUAAUAUGAUUAAUACAUUGCAUUCAUAAUCUAUAGAUAAUUUCUGAAUUUGACAAGGAUAACAAUAAUUUUCUAGAAUUUUCUCUAGGCUUCAUAUUAGAUUUAUAUGAAUAAGCUAAAUGCUAAUCUAGGUAAUUCAUUAAGUACUGAGCAUGCAUGUUCAUUUAGUAACAUUAGCUAAUACUAGAGCAUGAACUAACAUGGAAUACAUUAAGAAAUGUAGUAUAGAACAAUACUGCAGCAACAAGAGCAGUACAGAACUUAUAGACCUUAAUUUAUUUACUAAUAAGAAAAUUGUGAAGGAUAUUGUUUACUGAUCUCAUGGUAUGUUUGCUUUAUAAUUCGAAAUCCAGUGCUUAUUAAAAUAGAAAUAAGCCAUAUAAACAGUGUAUUAAACUCGUAAUAACACUAAUAAGGGACUUAUGCAAACUAGUUGUGUGGAGUUACUGCCAGAAUAAUAAAAAAAAGGAUUUGUUUUGUACAAGGAAAUAAUUUGGGUCAAGAUUACUAUGGUUCAAGAGUUUUUCUCGAGUGCUUCAAUAUGCGAGCGUUGAUCUAAAUUACAUUUAUCGCCAAGCUUAUGACGGUGUGUUUAUGUAGAUAUGUGUGCACAUCAACAAUCGAUUUGCAACUUUAUUACAAACUUAUAUAUAGUUGAAAAUCUAUCUGAUAAGACUAGAUAUCCUUAAUAUACAGCGGGGUCGAGUUUGGCAGGGAAAUCUUACAAUAUUUAAAAUGUCGCAACUUCUCACAGAAUAUGUAACAAUAACAAUUUUGCUUUUAUUUUUUGUGCAUUU